AUGCGUUUCUCUGCUGUUUCCGUCCUUGCCUUGGCUACCCUUGCCAUGGCCAACUCUGAGCUCGAAGAGACGAUGUCCAUCCUCCCAGUCACCAGCAGCAUGGUCAUGACCACUGCCCCUGCCCCAUACCCAACUGGUGGCAGCCCAACUGGCAUCCCCGGCACUGGCACUGGCUCUUCCACUAUGCCACACAACACAACCAGCACCGCUGAGACCAGCACCCGAACCGGCUCUGGCCCAUCCUCUUCCAUGACCAGCACCUCCACCUCCACUGGUCUUGCUGCCACCGCCGGCCCAGCCAUCGCCGGUGUUAUCGGUGGUGCUGCCGUCGUUGCUGCUUUCCUUUAA